AUGGUGAAGCUGGGCUUCAGCUUCGGGAAGUUCGGCAGAGACUACGGGUACCAGGAUGGGGUUGCCAUGGACAGCGUCCCGCUGAUCAGCCCCCUGGAUGUCAGCCAGCUCCAGCCACCAUACUCUGACCAGGUGGUCAUCAAGACACAGACGGAAUAUGGACUGCCCCCCACAGAACCGAUGAAGAAGUUCCCAGACCUGGAGGCCCAGAAGCUGGCCUCCACCAACCUGGACGAAGGACGCGGGAUGCCCCCGGCCCGUAUGCUGGCCUUCGCCAUGGCGAUCAUGGGCUGCCUCCUGAUCAUGUACAAGGCCCUCUGGUAUGACCAGUUCUCCUGCCCAGAAGGCUUCCUGGUUCGGCCGCACAAGAUGUGCACCCCGAUGUCGCUGGAGAUGUACUACGCCGAGAUGGGCCCCGAGCGCCACCGCAGCAUCCUGGCGGCCAUGGGCGCCUACCCGCUCAGCCGCAAGCCGGGCACCGAGGCGCCCCUGGUCUGGAGGAAGGUCCACCCCAUGUUCAAGGAGGGGCUCAAGGCGUCCGCCCCGGCGGGCCCGGCCGCCACCGAGGCCCCCGCGAAGCCGGCGGCGGGCGCCGGGGAGGAGAAGGAAAAGGAGAAAGAGAAGGAGGAGGAGAAGGAGAAGAAGAAGGAGAAGGAGGAGGAGAAGGAGAAGGAGAAGGAGGAGGAGAAGGAGCAGAAGGAGAAGGAGAAGGAGGAGGAGGCGGCGGCGCCCAAGGCGGAGGGGAGCGCCCCGCCCCCGGCCCCGGCCCCGCAGUGA